AAUUAAUAUAUACAUACAAAUUCUGUACAAUAUUUUCUUUAUUUUUGGUGCUUUGUAACUGUGUUAGAUUAUGCUGGAGGUGUAUUUAGAAAAUAUUAGCAAAUUUUCAAAAUGUGCGCAGUUGUUGAGAAUAACCUCACUUUUAUCCCCAACAUAAGUAACGCAUAUGUUAUUUGAUAUUAAGUUAUAAAUAAUAUAAACAUCAAUAUGCCUCAAGCUAAUACUAAUUAUAAGCUUAAUUUUGUGCAAAAAUCCCCACAAUAUUCCCCUAUAACAAGUUCUUCGGCCAUAAUGGAAUCUAUUGAUACUCCGUCUUUAACAUUAAUUAAUAACAAAGCCCAUAUGUCGUCUCAACAAAUUAAUAAUAAAAAUACUUCGGAAAUUUCUGUUGAAAAUGAAUUUACGUCUCUCAAGUUAGAAAAUGACGAGGAUUCGGAUGCGUCCAGUUUUCUUUUAAUGGAUGGACAGGAGCACAUGAAGAUAAAUUCGGUAGAGCUGUUCUUAAAACUACUACAAUGCCCUAAAAAUGAAAAGAUCAAAGUAGUUUCAAUAUUUGGAAAUACUGGUGAUGGAAAAUCUCAUACAAUGAAUCAUGUCUUCUUUGAUGGAGUUGAGAUAUUCAAAACAUCUGAAGAACAACAUUCUUGCACUCUUGGUGUUUGGGCAGCGUAUGAUUCUGUUAAUCGAGUUUUAUGUUUAGAUACAGAAGGAUUGUUAGGAGUGACAAAGCAGGAAAAUCAAAGAACAAGAAUGCUGCUAAAGGUAUUAGCCAUAUCUGAUAUAGUCAUAUACCGAACAAGAUCUGAACGUUUACAUAGAGAUAUGUAUACAUUUCUUGGAGGUGCUUCACAAGCCUUUAGUCGCCAUUUUAUGGGAGCUUUAAGAGCUUUAGGACUUCAACAGCCACCAUCAGCUUUAGGCCCUGCUGUUAUCAUAUUUCAUGAAACUAGAAAUACGAGAGUUUUGAAUUCCACUGUAACAGCUAGCCCAGAAGAUAUUUUACGAUCAGAAUUUUCUGCUAUGCACUAUGAUCUAGAAGCGUUUUCAUCUUUACGUUAUGUUGGGCAGCACACAAGAGUGCCUCCUACACGCUAUGAGCCACUUAAGAGUGCUGUUCAAGCUGAAAUUAUUAAUACUACUGUAAGAUCACCUAGGCCAGCUUCGGUGGUUCUACAAACAUUAAAGGCUUUGAAUAAUAAAUUUUCUGGAACUUUAUCAGAAAAACCCACAAGUGUAUUUCCUGAGCAAUAUUUUACUUGCGGUACCAUUUGCUUGUCUUGUGGCGAAAGAUGUGCACAGAGCAUGGGCCAUGAACAGCAAGGAGAAUCGCAUUAUAACAGUAAAAAAUGCAGAUUUCAGCAUCAAUUUGGCAAUAAAGUUUAUGUUUGCAAGGCCUGCCAUAUGUCUGGAAUGGAAGUUAUUGUAACACCGCAUUAUCAGUCAGCUGAUACUAGUCAGAAUAAUGGGCCACUUGCUGCAGGGUCGUGGGUUGCUGGUUUAAUGUCAUAUGCUUGGUCUGGAUCUGUUAUUGAUUGUCCUAAUUGUGGAGAAAUAUAUAGAAGCAGACAGUACUGGUAUGGAAAUCGAAGUCCGGAAGAUUCAGCUGUUAGGUCAGAAAUUGUACAUGUUUGGCCAGGGAAUAAACUACUGUCUCGUAAUGGACCACCCCAUUCUGCGCAAAAGGUUUUAGAUGGUGUUACAUAUAUAUCCGAUGUUGUUGCUAAUGUAGCGACUGUUCCGUCGAGGGCGCUGAGCGAUUGGAUGACGGACAAACUAGCACCAGCAUACUGGAAACCGAAUGCCCUUAUCAAGCAUUGCCACAGCUGCCGCGUGAAAUUUGAUAAUAGUACCGAAACUCCUCUUUCAAAACAUCAUUGUAGAGCAUGCGGAGAAGGUUUCUGUGCGGCUUGUUCCAAAUGGAGAAUGCCUGUUCCUUGGAGAGAUUGGGGAUCAGAUCCAGUUCGCGUUUGUGAAGAUUGUUAUCGACAAUCAUCUAAACAUUCCGAUCGAAAAAAUUCCGUCCCAGGCGAAGAAGUUGGCGUUUUGACCAGAAAAUACGGCGAAGUUGUAGUCAAUACACUGAGCUCUGUUGCGGCUGCUUUAGAAUACCCAAAAGAUUUAAUUAAAGAAGCAGCGAGACCUUCCUAUUGGGUUCCAGAUAGUGAAGCACCGAGUUGCCAUUUGUGCGGAGUAUUGUUUAAUUCCGAUUCUGAAUGUAAUUCUACUACUACAAGCAUUAAUAGUGAUUUAAAUACAACAGGCCCAAUGAUGGCUGCAACAUCAGACCAGCAACGGACGUUUUUAACAUAUCAAAGAAGGCACCAUUGUCGUGCUUGCGGUCAAGCUGUUUGCAACAAAUGCUCUUUGAAAAGAAGGCCUGUUCCAGAACGGGAUUGGCAUGAACCUAAAAGGGUUUGUGACGCAUGUUAUAAUAGAAAGUCUGAAUAAGUAUGUAAAAAAAUAAUCUAAAAGACAUGAACAUGUUUAGCCAUUGAGCAUGAACUGUAAAAAAGGUGACAAGUUUAAAAUCUAAGCCAUAUUCCGAAUCAAAAUUAAUAAAUAAUAUUCUAGAUAUAAAAAAAGCAGAUUAUCAUGAAUGAAAAAAAUUAUCUAUUUAUCUUUCAUAUAUCUAAAUCAGCAUAUUUUCAGGCUGUGUGAUACAAAAAAAGUGGCAAGGCUUGUGAUCAAAUUUUGUUUUGUGUACUAUCCUUUGGUAUUGAUUUGAUAUUACUGCAUUAUAAUUAGGAAAUUAUGAAAUUUUAUUCUUGUUUUUUUUUAUAAUUAUUCGAAUAGUUAUAAAAUUUAGUAUGGUUCUUAUUCAUAUAUAAAAAAUCAUUAAAGAAAGGUGUUUAGUUUGUAUAAUUAUGAUCAUGAACAAGGCCUAGAAAAGAAUUCAAAAUAAGUGACGAGUGUACAUAACUCAU